AUGGAAGCACUCACUAAGUCAGUCUCUGAUUUAAGCAAGAGCAUGUAUGCUCGAAUGACUGCAUUCGAGGAGGAGCAGAGAAAAAACCCAAGCACACUCGAUACCACCCAAGGUUUAAGCCUAGAGUUUGCUGCUUUUCGAUCAUUCGUCAUGCAGUCACUCACUAUGCUUCAACAGCAGGUCAAUUUCCUGGUUCAAAGCAAUGAUACCGUGGAAAUGCGCAAAAGGCGCAAAAUAUUGCUCUUGCAUGGGGUACCCGAAGCUAAAGAAGAGGUAACAGCAAAGGUGGUGGUCCAGGUAGCUAAAGAGCAUCUGAAGCUUGAUUUGAAGUUGCCAGAUAUUAAGCGGUGCCACAGGAUGGGUCGUGCAAUGCAGAAGCCCAGACCAAUAAUUUUCAAGCUCCAUGAUGUGACUCUUCGAGAUAGCAUCUGGUUCGGUAAGGCUGGGUUAAAGGGUUCCGGUUUAACAAUUUCGGAAUUCCUGACCAAACCCCGACAUAAUGUUUUUAUGGCCGCUCGGGAUAAAUUCGGCGUGAACCAGUGUUGGACAAAGGAAGGAGAUAUUUAUAUCCUCGAUGGGCAGGGGUCUCGGCAUCGAGUAUCUUCCUUGGAUGAUCUCGAUAAGAUUGGCCUCCCGUCUGACGCCGCGCGAAGUGCAUCUGGUCAUCCUGAGCAGAGGGUUGCGCAGCCUGGAAAUGCAGCGGGAGCCAAGGAGAUAGCACCGAAGCCAAAGAUGUCGAAGCGUGUUACGCGGAAAUAA